UCUUUCUCUCUAUAAUUGAGUGAAUUCAAGUUUCAAAGGAUACGGAUUACAAAUCCUAGUUCCAUUCCUUUUCGUCUCUACCUCAUUCCGGUAAGCUUCAUUCCUCAAUCACCAACCAUGGCUGAUGGACUUGUUUCUGUUUUCUUAGGGAAAUUGGUUUCCAUCAUACAACAAGACAUUCAGAAAGAGAUACGGCUGGUUACUGGUGUCAGAGAAGAUGUUGAAAAGCUUUCUAGCACACUGAGGAGUAUUCAAGCUGUGCUUAAGGAUGCAGAGGAGAAGCAAGUGAAAGAUAAUCUGGUAAAGGUUUGGCUGGAAAAUCUCAAGGAUAUAGCCUAUGACACGGACGAUGUGUUGGAUGAGUGGAGCACCAAAAUUUUCAUGUUGAAAGAGGUACGCCCCACUAAUAACUUGUUGUCUUGCUGCUUUUGGUUCAAGCAAGUAGGUUUGCACCGUGACAUCGGUCUUAAAAUAAAGAAGAUCAACAAAAGACUAGAUGAGAUUACAAGCGUAAAGGACAAGUUUAACUUCAAAAGCAGUAGAAAUGUCAAUAAUAAUAAUACAUGGGAGGAACCAAUCAAUAGACCAGAAAUUAGACAAACUAGCUCUUUGAUUGAUGUAUCCGUCACAGUAGGUCGGAAUUCAGAGAAAGAACUUAUAGUGAGCAAACUGCUUUCUGAGGAUAGUCGGCAGGACACGACCUUUUCAGUCCCCAUCAUCUCCAUAAGUGGUAUGGGAGGCCUAGGCAAAACGACUCUUGCCCAGCUAGUUUUCAAUGAUGACAAGGUAAUAGCCCAUUUUGAGAAGAAAAUCUGGGUAUGUGUAUCUGAGCCUUUUGAUAAGGUAAGGAUUGCUAAGGAAAUUGUUAAGGCAAUUGAUGAUGGAACCAUUAAUAAAAAUGACAUUCCAUGGGAUUCUUUGCAUAACUUGUUAAGCAAAUCCCUUGAGAAUAGGCACUAUCUACUUGUUCUAGAUGACAUGUGGACUGAGAAUGUAUUCGAUUGGGAACCAUUGAAGCUUUCCCUCAAUGGUGGUGCACAAGGAAGUAGAAUUCUAGUCACAACACGCAAUAGGAGGGUUGCAACAAUGUUGGGCACGGCGUACCUCCAUAAUUUAGAGCUAUUGUCUGAUGAGGAUUGUUGGUCAUUGAUGAGGGGCAUAGCAUUUGCAGAGAGGACCACAGAAGAGCGUCAAAUGUUGGAAGGAAUCGGCAUGGAAAUUGCCAAGAAGUGUAAAGGCUUGCCUCUCUCUGCAAAGUCCAUUGGAGGUCUUCUGCGAUUCAAGAGACCAACAAAACAACAUUGGCAAGAUGUGUUGGAGAGCCACAUAUGGGAAGAUGUUCAAGAAAAUAUCUUACCAGGUAUAUUGUUGAGUUAUAAUGAUUUGCCAUCACAUCUGAAACAGUGCUUUGCAUAUUGUGCCAUCUUUCGCAAAGAUGAGUCGAUAUACAAAGAUGAUUUGGUCAAGUUGUGGAUGGCACAAGGUUUUCUUGUUAAUAACAGUUCAUCAGAAAGAAUGAUGGAAAUGGUAGGUGAAGAGUAUUUUGAUAUUUUGGUUAUGAGGUCAUUUUUUCAGGUUAUUGCUUUUAGAUAUAAAAAGGUAGUUUUGUGCAAGAUCCAUGAUUUGGUGCAUGACUUUGCUCAGCUUCUCACAGAAAAGGAAUGCUAUGCAUUCGAUAUUAGCAACGAAAUCAUGCAAGACUCAAAAUAUAACAAUGCCCGCCACUUAACUUUAACACGAAAUGAUUAUGAUGAUGGUCUGAGUGAGAAGACCAUUCCUAAUUUCAUUUAUGAGGCAAAGAAACUAAAAACUCUACGACUACCUCCAGGAGCAUGUGGAUUCUCUGGCAUAUUCCAAAAGUUAACAUGUCUAAGGGCAUUAAAUUUGAAACGAACUCAUCUUGAAGAGGUACCAAGCAAGAUAGAGAUGUUGAUACAUCUAAGAUUCCUUAAUUUAUCCGGUACAAAAUUGAAAGAAUUGCCCGGAACACUGAGUAAUCUGCAUAAUUUGCAGGUUUUGAAUCUUAGGUAUUGUUCAGAACUUUGUAAGCUUCCUGAAGGAAUUGGGAAAUUGACUAAAAUGAGACAUCUUGACAUUAAGGGCACUCAUAAAUUGCAAUACUUACCACAAGGCAUUGGUAGAUUAAGUUCCCUAUGCACAUUAUCGAAAUUCAUCAUAGGUGGCGAUGGUGCCAUUGGCGAAGGGGGGUGUACAAUUAAGGAGUUACAAGAGUUGAAGUUCCUUCAAGGAGAACUGGAAAUAAGAGGGUUAGGAAGAUUGAAAAGUGAAAACGAGGCUGAUGAUGUAGACUUGAAGAAUAAAGAAAACAUCCACAGCCUAGGCUUAUGUUUUGAUGGUAGUGAUGAUGGACAAGAAGACUCGGUAGAGGAAAAGAUGGAGAAGGUAAUGGAGGGUCUCCAGCCACAUCUAGGCCUGAAGAAAUUGAAAAUAGAGGGUUACCUGGGCACCGAGUUAGCAAGUUGGAUGGUGAGAGAUGAUGGAUUACCUUAUCUCCACCAUUUGGAAUUAUGUAGAUGUAAAAAUCUAAACAAGUUACCUCCUGCAGUUGGGAAGCUACCAUUUCUUCGAUUCUUGAGCAUAAGUGGAAUGGAGGAGAUAAAAUACAUGGACCAUAGCUUUUUUGGAAUGGAUAGCGCUGAUGCUGUUCAGAGUGAGGAUGAGGCUAAGAAAUUGUUCCCUGAGUUAAGAUUUCUUGAAAUAGAGAACAUGGAAAACUUGGAAGAGUGGGAUCUGGGCACAAAAGAAAUAGAUGGUAGAGAAACCACUUCCAUCAUUUUGAUGCCACGUCUCCUUUGCUUGUCGCUUGAAAAUUGCCCCAAGUUAAAAGUGUUACCUCAUCGCAUCUUUCCUACCGUAGCACUGGAAGCAUUGACUAUAUCGGAUUGUCCUCAGCUGACUUGGACACCAUCUUCUUUAUGCUUUCUACGAAACCUUCACAGCUUGAACUUAAUCUACGAUGCAGGUGUUUUUUCAAAGUCAUUACCUUUAAAUAACAAGAUCGAGAGUUUGCUGAUACAAUUCUCACCCUUCAAAUCACCGCCCAAUGGUUUAGGAAAUUUUACGGCACUCAGAAAACUGCAUUUGAAUACAUGCGAGUUCAUUGAUUCUAUCCCUGAUGAGUUGCAACAUCUCACCACAUUAAAAAGAUUGGAGAUUUCUUAUCGUCCUCUACUAAAAGAACGUUGCAUAAAGCAAGGAGCGGACUGGAACAAGAUAUGCCACAUCCCUCAUAUUGAAAUCAAUAGAAGAAGAAUCCAAUAAGAGCUAAGAGCUUAAAGUACAAGAUGACAAGAAAAUAUGGUGGAAGAAAUAGUGAUGGUUGGUGGAGGAUUUCAAUCAGGCUUGAUCGUGAUCAUUUCAUUGACUAGCAGUGUUUAAUAAGAUUGGAAAUCCAUUUCAAGGGAAUCAAAUGACUAUAAACCCACUCAAUCAGAAUAUGACAUGUCACGGCACAGUCUAUAUAUUUCGGAGAAGUAGAAAGAGAUGCAUUGAAUAAGCAUGGUCCGAGGGACAGUUAUCAAUUUGCUUCAGCAUUAUCUGCCAUCCAUUUUUAACAGGUGUGGAUUUCAAGAUCAAAAUGCUCACAGUUGGUGGGAAGAGAUUGAAGCUAACAAUAUGGGACACAAGUAAUGGAUGAUGUUAAUCCUCACACUCAUCUGCUAAAGAUUUGUGAUUUUGGAAGUGCAAAAAUGUGCCUGGAGAACCAAAUAUAGCAUACAUUUGUUCACAAUAUUAUAGGGCUCCAGAACUGAUAUUUGGAGCUACUGAAUACACAACAGCAAUUGAUAUGUGGUCUGCUGGUUGUGUAAUGGCUGAGCUUCUCCUAGGACAGAACCCUGAACUCUUGUACAAAUCACUUGAAGCAAAGCUUGUUGUUGGCAUGCCAUUUAAGUGGGCUAGCUUUGAAAAGGCUGAUAGAUGUGAGUAUGGGGGUUUUAACCCCUCUUUUAGAGCAACUAACAAAGUCAUUUCCUAAUGCCAUGGUCCUAGUAAAUUUCAAGGAACUAUCAACUGGGACUUACAAGCUUUUGCCAGAAGGAACACGUUUGGCCAUUUCUGUCCGUGGGGAUGAACCCUAUGAGGUGUUGGACAUUCUCAAAGAUGUUGAUGUUACAAUACUUCUACAUAAUCUACCAUCUACUGAAGAUAGUGUCAGUAGAGUACAUACAGCAAGGAGGGUCAUUGAAUUCCAGUCAUUUUGGUGAUCUCAUUGGAAAAUGCAAACCUGAUCUCAACAGGACACCUUUAGAAAAUAUGGCUAAAUCAGGAUCUCUCCAUGAGAAAGAAGAGCUUAAAUAUUGCAAUGUGAACAUUGAGGGACAACCUUCAGUUGUGGACGAUCUUCUGAAAUUUAGAGAUGAAUUUGAAACAAAAGGAUCAAGGGGAAAAAGGGUUAAUUCAAAUAACAAAGAUGUAUUUGUGGAGGGAACAAGCAGGCAGGAUGAGGCUUGAUUUAAAAAACUUUCAAAAUGCCAUUGUGAAGAGAACAUUUCUUGUACAAAUCAAGAGUUUAUCAAAUUGAAAUUAAUAUGUA